AUGGCUUCUUCGAUUCGGAUUCUUCGAUUCGGAUUGUUCGAUUCGGAUUGUUCGAUUCGAGUUGUUUCGCUAUUCUCGCUCUUAUUCACGUAUUUCCGUACUCAGAGUAUCUCUGGUCUGUCAAUACGGCAGCUGGUUCAACAGUCUGAUGCUCAGAUGUCUGGUCUCAUAACAUGUCUUCGCACUCUUCGCACCAUAUCUCCCACUACUACUGACUACUUUCUUUGUCGCCAUGGCGAUUCGUCUUUCCUUUCUCUCCUGGAGGGUAUUUUAACUGCAUUUGAUCGGCUCGUCUAUUCUGUAAUUCUGCCAUCAUGCUACUUUCUAUUGCACCCACGUGUGCUCGUAUGUUGGUAUAUAAGCCGCAUGCCCCGCAAACGGGAACCGUUUUUAACGGCUCAAACAUCAGCGCUUAAAUCGCCAUAUCUCAAGCACGUCAAGUGUCCAACCACAAAAGAGAGAAUGCGCUUGUUCGGUCCUGUUUCCUUGGCCCUUUCGGCCAGAUACCCGACCCAUUACGCCCCAUCCGACCUGAUUGUUGGUGACUUGGACCAGGUGUUCAAUGCCUCCACAGAAACACAGGGCGGCAUCUACAACGGAUCGUAUGUUUCGCCCGACGCCUACGGAACAUACAACUUUUGCAACAUGCCCCACGUGCGUGCGUCGGAGUAUCUGGUGCCGCUGCCAGACUACGAGCUUCAGUACGUCGAGGUGAUUCACCGCCACCACAAACGCACUCCUUACCAGAGCAACACCUUCCCUGAAGAGGACAUGGAGCUCUCGUGCUCGGCCACAGAAAACUUCUACUACGGCCACUCCAUCGACAGACCGACGGAAAACGUGGCUGUAGGCUGGGCAAACUACCAGGACCCUAUCAACCCGUUCACGUUUCAAAGCCCAGGUUUUAACGGCACAUGCCAGUUCCCGCAAAUCAGCAACGGCGGCCUCAACGACUCGUACUACCACGGAGUCGAUCUUUUCACCAACUACGCUUCGAAGUUGCAAUUUCUCCCACAAGAGUACAACUCGCUGCAGGUGCAGUAUUACGUCACCUCCAACGUCAUUACUUCCCAGGUCGCCGGCGCCCUUAUUGCUGGAAUGUACCCGGAAAACCUGAACGUCACUGUCAAUAUCCAGCGUGUGGCGGUGGACUCUUUGGAACCUCAGUAUACAUGCGACGGCGCAGUCAACACAAAGGCGUCGAUCUACGAAGAGCCCGAGUGGGUGGCCCACUUGAACAGAUCUGCUGAUUUGUUCAAACAGCUCGACGCCAUUUCUGGUGUCAACAGCUCCGUGAAAGAGUGGCAUGUCACAUGGGACCACUAUUUCGACAACUUGGCCCACCGUAUGUGCCAUGGCUUUGACUUGCCAUGCAAAAUCGGUGGCGGCGACUGUAUUUCCGAGACCCAAGCGUUCCAGGUUUUCCGUUUGGGCAACUUUGAAUAUCACUAUUUGCACCGCAAGUCGGAGAACUCCACGCUCUACUCCACGGGCAGAUACGGCGUUUUCCUCAUGCAAUUACAAGCACAUUUGAGUGAUGCCAAAUGUGGCUCGUCUCUGCUCAAAUAUAGACACAAUGUGGCCCACGACGGGUCUGUUGCGCCACUUUUGGGAGCUCUUCAGAUUGACGAGUUGAAAUGGCCUGGAAUGGGUGCCGAAGUUGUGUUUGAGCUCUGGAAGAAAAAGGACAACUCUUUCUACGUGCGAGUGCUCUAUGGUGGUAAACCUUUGUCGACCAGUGGCCCACUUGGUGUUUUGGAUAUGUUGCCGUACGAAAAGUUUGAUGCCUACCUUUCGGGACCUCGUUGGUGA